ACAUGAUCGUAGAUCACGACUGCCGAACACGCUAAACGCUGAAACGCUCCUGUACGGCUGUACUACCUAUAAUAAUUAUUUAUUUCUUAUUAUAAUAUUUAUAAUUAAUAUUUUAGAACUCUGAUAGUAAUUAUUAAUAAUUAUCAUAAUAUCGUAAAGUAAAAAUUGCAAACUAUGGUGCCUAUUAACACAUAUGAUAAGUUCCAAUUAUGUAUAAUUGUACAUGGUAAAUAUUAUACAAUUUCAACAAUGUUUUGUCUCCACAAAAAUCUUUUAUUACAUACAAUUGUUCGUCAAUAUAGUUCGUCGAAAAAAGAUGUGAAGCCCAUACGUAAUUAUUUGAAACAGAAUUCUAAAUUUUUGGAUUCAUUAAGAAUACAUGUAAAAGCCGGGACCGGUGGUUUUGGUUUUCCCAGAUAUGGUGGUGAGGGCGGUAAAGGAGGUGAUGUCUGCUUUGUAGCUGCAGAAGGUAUGACGCUGAAGGAUUUUUUGAAAAAAUAUCCACUAAAAAAAUUACGAGCAGAAAUGGGUGGUAAUAGUCAUUCUAGGCGAAUACUUGGUCCAAUUGGCGAAGACAAAAAAGUAAAUGUUCCUACUGGCAUCACCGUUUAUGAUGAUAAAAAUAUGCUAAUUGGUGAAUUGAAUGAGAAAGAUUCUGAGUUAAUAGUUGCCAAAGGUGGAGAUGGAGGCAACAAAACAAAUGGAUAUUGUGGUUUAAAAGGAGAAUGCAAAUCUAUUAAACUUGAACUUAAAUUAAUUGCUGAUAUUGGUCUUGUUGGUUUUCCAAAUGCUGGUAAAUCUACACUACUAAAAGCCAUUUCUAAUGCUAAACUCAAAAUUGCUUCUUACCCAUUUACAACCAUAAGACCCAAUAUUGGUGUUAUGACUUAUGAUGACUUGCGACAAAUAUCAAUGGCAGAUUUACCAGGACUUAUAGAAGGAGCCCAUUGUAAUAUUGGAAUGGGACAUAGAUUUCUUAGACAUGUAGAGAGGACAAAAUUACUUCUUCUCGUUGUUGAUAUAAAUGGUUUUCAAUUAAAUCCCAAGCAUAAGUUUCGGUCAUGUUUGGAUACUGUAGUUUUACUUAAUAAAGAACUUGAGUUAUAUAGAGAAGAACUACUAGAUAAACCUGCCAUGUUAAUAAUUAAUAAAAUGGACACUGAAGGUGCUAAAAAAUAUUUAGAGAUCAAAAAUCAAUUAGAACAUUUAGAUGAUGCUAUUGUAUCAUAUCCUGAUGAAAUAAAACCAUCUAAAGCUAUACAAUUUGAUAAAAUUUUAAAAAUAUCAGCUAAAGAUCAGCCAGAUGAUGUGCAAAGAGUAAAAUCAAUGGUUCGUGAACUCUUAGAUAUCAAUGAAGAAUUAAACAAUAAUAUAGAAUACAAAUCUUUAAAAAAUAUCAAAGAACAAUUAUUAAGAGAACGUGGUCCUGUGCUGAUAUAAAUUAAUGUACAUUUUUCAUUUUCAAUACCUGGAUAUGUUUUAUUAUUUUAAUUUUUUUUUUAUUUGUUCCUUUAAAUAAUUUAAUGUUUUUUUUAAAUAUUUGGUUUCCUAUAUUAUUUAAAACACAAUAUUGAAAAAUUUAGAGAAAUAAUAACCUUGAAAAAAACCACCAGAAUAAUGAAAUCAUGGGCUAUUACAUAUCCAUAUUUUAAAAUGGCGAGAAAACAAAUUUAAACAUAUGUUUAUGGAGUUUUAUUAUGCCCAGAUUAUAUAUUAGAAUAAUGUCAUUUUCACCUCAAAAAAUAGAAGAAUGUUGGCUCUAAUUUUUUUAUUAAAAAAUCAAUAUUUACAGCGUAAAGCCAUUGAUAGCAAAUAUUAAAUUAAGAAUUAUAUCUUUUAAAAACUCCAAACGCAUAAUCUUAAUUGACAAAUAUAUUAUCUGAUUACAAUAGAUUGUCACACGAUUGUGUGUGAGCAGUUUUGUGAUAUAACUUAUAACAUAGUUAGUGGAUACAGUUAAUAAGUAUUCGUGUAAGCUUGUAAGAGCUUUAAGAUUUUACAAAAACCUCAAUUUAUUGUGUAAUUGAAGAAAUCCAAAGGAGGUGAAGUAAGUCGAUUAGAAUAAGCAAAAAUUUGGGUUAAAAAAUCAACCAAUUUAUUAAAUUAUAUUUAUUUUCAUGUACCUAUGUAUAUUAUAUUUUUUCGAUUAUUGACAAUUUUGAAAUACUUUUAUAAAAUAUUAAUAUUGGUGCAAAUAAUAUUCCCUUUUUCAUAUAUUGGGCUGUUAUGCCGUCUAUUGGGUAAAACAGGUAUACAUUUAAUAUUAGAUUGGGGCUUAUGUCCUACAAAUUGUGGCGCACAUGAUAUAUAAAUUUAUGCCCCUUUGGUGUUUAUGUCUUGUAGCCUUUUUUUUUAGUUCUUUUU